CGCUUCCAGGAUGUGACGUAGUCUUCACUUCCUGUACAAGCGCGAGCCGUCGAGCAAGCAUGGCUGCCUCCAGUUGCAGAGGCGUGAGGUCGAUUUUAUGGAAGUAUGGGAGCUGCGGGAAGAAUUUCUGUGUGUCCCGAUCAAAGACGGUUCCGCAGCUGCCAGUCAGACACAUUUGUGUGUCAUCCGCUUUAUGGAAGAAGAACCUGGCAGCAGCAGGCCCUCAGAAAUUCACACUGGAGUUUAUCAACAAACAGGUGGAGGAGUUUGAAAUUGGCAAACGACAUUUGGCCAACAUGAUGGGGGAAGACCCAGAGACAUUCACACAAGAGGAUAUUGAUAGGAGUAUUGCAUAUCUCUUCCCCUCUGGACUCUUUGAGAAACGAGCAAGACCUGUUAUGAAGCACCCAGAGGAAAUCUUCCCAAAACAGACAGCUGUCCAGUGGGAUGCAGAAGGACGUCCUUUUCACUUUCUGUUCUACACGGGGCAACAGUCCUACUAUUCCCUCUUGCAUGAUGUCUAUGAGAAGAUUCUGGCGAUGGAAAGACACCAGGACAAUAUGAGAAAUAAAGGCCUCUUCACGUCAGAAACCAAACAAAUAUUGCUGACUGGGAGCAGGUGGCUAUUAAAAGAGGAAAUUGAGGAGUAUCUGGUGGAGAACAUUUCAGAUCAUGAUUAUAUGCGGAUGAUCCAGCUGAUGGAGAAGCUGUUGUCUAUGCCCUACUGCUCUCUGGAGGAGGAGUUCAUUCUGAAGUUCCGCAAACAGCUGGAGGUUCAGUCCAGUAAACACGAGAUUCCUGCCCUGCAGUACGACCCACAGGGAGUCACUUUCAGCGUUGCAGAUGGCAGAAGGAAGACCGCCAAAGCCAGCAUCACCCUCCGAGACAGUGGCUCUGGGAACAUCACAAUCAACGGCAGGAACUACCUCCACUACUUUCCAUUACUACAAGACAGGGAGCAGCUGAUGUUUCCUCUGCACUUUGUGGGCAUGCUGGGCCGGUUUGAUGUUGAGGGCAGUGUGGAGGGCAGUGGUCACUCCGCUCAGGCUGGAGCUCUGCGAUUGGCCAUCUCACGGGCACUGCUUAGCUUUGUGUCUGAGGGAGAAGUUGAAAAGAUGAGGCAAGCCGGCCUGCUGACCGCUGACCCGAGGAUCAAGGAGAGGAAGAAACCAGGGCAGGAGGGAGCGCGGAAGAAAUUCACUUGGAAAAAGCGCUGAACAGGAAAGGAUCAAUACAGCACAGGAACCCUGAGAGAGGACACAACUCCUCUCUCUCACUGGAUUAUUGCAUUAUUCUGUAGACAAUCAUACCUUGCUGAUCACAAACAUAAAGCAGCCCAACUGCAUCAGUUAAAAUUCACGAAAUAUAGACUCUUGGUUGGUAUGGCAUUGGACAUCUGUGAACUGAAAGAUCUUUCUUUUUCUGAGAUUGAACUGUUGUGUAUAUUAAAGCGGUGUUGAAAAUGUUAAUAUAAACAUCUUUCAAUAAACAUUGAUUUCAUAUGA